GGAUACAGUGAAUGCGGGGAUCCGGGGAGAGCGGAUAUAGUGAAUGCGGGGUCCGGGGAGAGCGGGAUAUAGUGAAUGCGGGGUCCGGGGAGAGCGGAUACAGUGAAUGCGGGGUCCGGGGAGAGCGGAUACAGUGAAUGCGGGGUCCGGGGAGAGCGGAUACAGUGAAUGCGGGGUCCGGGGAGAGCGGAUACAGUGAAUGCGGGGUCCGGGGAGAGCGGAUACAGUGAAUGCGGGGUCCGGGAGAGCGGAUACAGUGAAUGCGGGGUCCGGGGAGAGCGGAUACAGUGAAUGCGGGGUCCGGGGAGAGCGGGGGAUACAGUGAAUGCGGGGUCCGGGAGAGAGAGCGGAUACAGUGAAUGCGGGGUCCGGGGAGAGCGGAUACAGUGAAUGCGGGGGCGUGGGAGCGCAGCAGCAUCACCAACACUGGAGGCCGGAACGGAGGAUUUACAAACACAUCUACAACUAAAAAACUGGGAUAUAGAUCAGCAACACGGCGGGGGGAGGGGGGAGAGGGGACCGGCCGGGGAGAGCGGAGAGGGGAUACCAUGGCCGGGGAGAGCGGAGAGGGGACCGGCCGGGGAGAGGGGGAACGGCCGGGGAGAGCGGAGAGGGGAACGGCCGGGGAGAGCGGA